CAGCCCCGGAAGAGGUUGUACCAUUUCCGGGUGGUUGUUAGUGACGCUCUGGAGCAGUCGCCAGGGUGGUCUGAGGUAGUGCAGGGCUUGACUGUGGCCAGCUCGGGUUAGUUUCCGGCUUGGUACGUGCUGGAGUUGGGAGACUGGUAUAUUUUAUGAAUUUUGGGGAAAAAACUGCUGAAGAUAUUAAAAGAAGGAACAGUUCUAAUACUGACGACUCAUAAGAAAAUAAUAUUCUUCCUGCUUAAGAUUAGACAACCAGCUCAUUCUUAAGAGUCUUCUGAAAUAAAAUUAGUUUUCGGCAGACACAACAUCUUUGUUUGUAUGUGGUGCUGAGGAUUGAACCGCGGCCGCACGCGUGCCAGAAUGGACUGGGUAGAUGAAUAUUCCCAUAAUUCUUUUGACCUACAAUGCUUAUUAAACUCGUUUCCUGGAGACUUGGAGUUUAAGCAGAUCUUCAGUGACAUUGAUGAACAGAUAGAACAAAAUGCUACAAGGAAGAGAAUCAAGGGAAUUGGCAUGGACAUAGAAUCCUGCAUUAAAGAAAUACAAUCUGAAGUUAACAAACAAUGCCCAGAUGUACAGCUGCAAACAUCAACUGACUGCUUUGAAUGGCUAGCUAGCUAUCAUCAAAAUACAUCUAAGUCACCUUCCAUUCCGAAUGGAGAUCUGAUAAAAUUCCUCAAAACACUGCAAGAUUUCUUGAAGAAUGAACAAAAUCAAGAAGAAAUGAUUCUGAAUUUACUUUGGGACCUCUCCUGCCGAAGCAGUGUUUCAUUCCCGUCGUCUCUAAGUGAAACAUCCUUCCAUUUGCUUUCUAGAACUUCUCUUCAUUCUGUUGAAGAUCAUUCCUCUGUAGAUGUAAAGUCUAUAUGGGAUGAUAUAAGACUGCAUCUUCGACGCUUCUUAGUAAGCAGAUUACAAAGCCAUAAUGAAAUAAAUAAUUCACAGCAAAAAAUGAUAUUGAAAAACCAACGCAUACAGCAACUCUUGUUUCUCUAUCCAGAAUCAGAAGUUAUUGUCAAGUACCAAAACAUACAGAAUAAACUGUUGGCUAAACUUCUGCAGAACUGCUUUCUUUCUUACAGCAGAGAUUCAAAUUUAGAUGUAAUGACUCAUGGAUUCCAAAAUACAAUGCUUUCAUUAUACUCAAUGAUAAAAGAGGAUUUUGACACACUGUAUGAAAUUUUAGCUCCAUCCUCAACAGUGAAAUUCAUUAAAGAAACUUACCUGGAUACAGUUACAGAAGAAAUGACAAAAUUUCUUGAAAAUUUUUGUGAGUUGCAGUUCAAAGAAAAUACUGUUCGUGUGGUUAAAACAAGCAAGAGCUCCAGCAAGCAUAGAGGAGCAGUGCAUGCUUUGGUUACACCUGAAUGCCCACGGACAGGAAGAAACAUUUUCCUUUCCUUUGAUGAACUCAAAUUCUUAUCACAACUCAUAAAAUCUUUUUUGAAGCUGGAAAAUGAUGUUCAAGAGCUGUUUGAAGAAAUGUUUUUAUUGCUUAAGAUGCCCAGGAAUACUUCAGGAAUUGUGGAGAAAUCCAAUAGAGAAAUUGUAAUAGAAAAACCUAAAGCAUAUAAAACCAGUAUUCCUUUAGAGCAAUCGCUACCAGGAAAAGAGGUCACUUUACUAGAUUUUGGCUGGAGGAAUGCAUUUAAAGAAGUAUCUCUACCCAUGGCACAUUGCAUAACAACUGCAGUUGAAAAUUUUUCCACAAAAAUUCUCCAACAGGAACAGAAUGAAAAGUCUUCAGCUGUGAGCUAUGCUAUGAACCUUGUAAAUGUCCAGCAAAUUUGGCAAGAUAGCCACAUGUUUCCUGAGGAGGAACAACCAAAGAAAAUUGCAAAGUUUUGUUCUGACAUCAUGGAAAAACUUGACACCAUGCUUCCACUGGCUCUGGCAUGCAGAGAUGAUUCUUUUCAGGAAAUUAGAGCAAACUUGGUAGAGGCCUCUUGCAAAGUGGCAACAGCUGUCCUGGCAAGACUACAAGAGAGAGGCAAGGAGGUUCCUUCCAAAGCACCCCUGAAAAACCUGCACAUACUCCUCUCCACAGCGGUGUACAUCUUCCAGCAUUUCACACACUGCAAUAAUUUGAUGAAAGAAACCACUAAGAAACCCAUAUUCCUGGUGCCUGUCCAACGAUAUCAGGAAUUCAUCAACACUCUACAGUUUCAGGUUACGGACUACUGCGUCAGAGUUUGUGCUACAAGCAUUUUACAGGAUGCUGAGAGCCACCACUGGGAUGACUACAAAGCUUUUUAUGAGGGGGAAAGAUGCUCCUUCUCACUCCAGAUGUGGCAUUAUUUCUGCUGGGCUCUUCAUCAUGAUCUCUGGACCAUUCUGCCCCCUAAGAUAGCCCAGGAGAUUCUGGCAGAAGUGCUAGAGAAAUCGUUGAGUCUGCUGGCCUCCAGAUAUGCUCGGGCCCAUCCCAGUUAUAAGAGAACUCCACAGAUUAGACUUGAUGUGACAACAAUUUUAAUCUGCACUGAGAACAUGUUAUGGUCGAUUUGUACAUCUGUACAAAACCUUGUGAAUCCUCAUGAGUCUAAAGAUGAUAAAAUUUUUAAAAUUCAUACCCAUUGUAAUAAUCUGUUUACAACAUUAGCCAUUUUGACUUCACCAUUAACAGAGUUAUAUAGAACGUUUCAGCAUGGCAUGGAUGAGUCUGCUUCAGAUUCCUUAAAAUCACUUUUAAACCAACCAUUGCAUUGGGUUUCUUGCAUAUCACAUUUCUACCCUUCUUUACUCAGGACUCCAUCAGCUGGAGGACUGAAAAUGGAGGGUCAAUUGAAACUGCUCUUAUCCCAGCCAGGUUGUAACUGGAACCUGCUUCUGGAAACCCUACUGAGUAAUGACGGUCUUUUACCAAGAAUCUUGUUGCAGAGCUCAACACGCACCUUUCAAGACCAAGUUUCUGAUACAGAAAAUAAUCUGAACCAAGGAUUCAGCUUGACAGAAGCCAUCUUUAAAGUGCUGUACCACUGCAAUUUUUCUCCACAAACUUUUGGAAAUGUUUUUGUGAGCUACAUGGAAGAAGAACAAUUAUGGGACUUUUUGAAUUACAUCCCAGCUUCAGUGUGCAUGGAGUCUGAGCCAGAGGUCAUUCGAUGCUUGAGGUUGGCACUGACUGACGCUGUCAAGGACAUUGUCCAAAAGGUGAUAUCUAUGAUGAACCAUGAGAGAAACUGUGAAACAAACCUAAGCAAGCACAGUGUUCCUGAUAGUCUGCUUGAGAGCAUUCCAAAAGAAUGGAGUUAUACUCCAAAGGAAACCAAAAAAAAAGAUUCAAGCAAAGGCUUCACAAGGCUUGCUGCUCAGGCAGUAUCUAUUGUAAUCAGCAAGUUACCUACAGUGAUUGCAUGUUUGCCUCCCCCAAUUAAAUACUUCUUUUUUCUGUCUGAGAGGAAAAUGUCAAAAAACUUUGUUGAAUUGAAGAUAGCUGGCCUGCUUGUCUGGAACUUGAUUGUACUUAUACGUCGCAUAUUUAAAGAUGGAAACGCAGUAGAACUUUUAACAGGUGCCUCCCUUGACAGAUGGAGUAAAGAGAAACUGGGUUUAAUUUGUGAGUGUUUGGGUAGCAUCAUUGGAGAGCAAAGUAGCCCUAAUCAAAUGACCCAAAAAGUCAUACAAAGCAUUGAGCAACAAAAGCCCAAAUGGAUUGAACGCCAGUUGUUGAAAGCAAGGAAAUUGAGCACUGAAUGUGCCUUUAUGACAAUGGAGAAAAGCACAGUCUUAGAAGAAGGAGACACUGCUCUUGAACUGACUGAGCAGAAAAUAAACAUGAUGGUCCUGGAUGUCUGCCACAAACCAGGUGGCAGCGAGUACCUGAGGCAAAUUUAUCACAUCAUGCGGCUCAAUGAGGAAUAUUUAAAAGAACAUCUGUUUUCUAUGAAUGGUUCAGAGGAAAAGCCAUUACCCAUCCCACCUAUAAAGACGACCUUGAGAAGUGUGGAAGCUCAGCCUUCUGUCUUUAACCCUUUCCAUGUGCACAAGGUGUUUAGUGAGAAUAUGCUAGAUCAGUCAGUCAUCACAAAGUGGAACUGGAACUGGUCAAACUUGCUGCCAAAUUAUCUGGGACUGGAUAAGAUGACCUUCAGUGUGCUGCUCAAAAACAGGUGGGAAAUGAGGAAGGAUGAAACACUGGAAGAGGAAGAAAAAGCGAUGCUGGAAAACUUAAAAAGAAUUUGCACCAUACAGGACUCUUCUGCCUCAGAUAACACGGAUGAACAGUAAUCCACAGGAAAUGGCAACAGCUUUAUUUUAGGAAACAAUCACAUGUAAUGGAGUAGGGUUUUUACCAUAGUCAGAAUGAACCUUAGAUGUGUUCUGAAGCAUGAAACCAAUGACUGAGUAAUCUCUGUACUGAAAAAGAAUACAAUACAUAAAGAAUAAAGUGCUCCAUAUUUUUAUUUAAAAAAUAAUUUUGAAUGUUUUCCCCCCAAUCUUUCUCUUUAUAUGAUAAAACUGCUGCCAUCUCGUGUUCCCUUUGAAUCAUUUUCCUCCUUUCAGUCUCGAAGUAUCUAUGACAACAGGCAAAAUGUUAGGAAAUUUUUCCCUAAGGAUUUUUUAAUACAACAUUUGGAUGUUAAGAUGAAUGGAGUCACAUAGACCCCUGGGACUCAUCUGAAAAUUUCAAUUUAGUUUUGUAGCUGUAUCCCAAGUCCAGGUCUUAAUUGCCUUUAAUAUCCAGCAUUGGACCAGCCUCACUACCCACAUAACCUCUUCUUUAUCCAAUUUAUCUUUACCACAGCCACACACACACACACACACACAAAAAAAAACA